UAUGGUUAAGUAAUCAUGCUCUCCAUUUGUCCACAGGUAAAGCAAAUCAUGGAGGAAGCUGUCACCAAGAAAUUUGUGCAUGAAGACAGCAGCCACAUCAUUGCUCUGUGUGGUGCAGUAGAAGCUUGCCUCCUGCAUCAGCUGAAACGCCGUGCUGCUGGCUUCCUGCGGAGUGACAAGAUGGCAGCCCUUUUCACCAAGGUGGGGAAGACGUGCCCUGUGGCUGGGGAAAUUUGCCACAUAGUGCAAGAGCUGCAGCAACAAGUAGCGGGCAGGAAAACCUCAGGAGCCACCCAGGAGGCUCUGAGAAGACAGGGCUCAGCCAGUGGGAAGGCCCCAGCCCUUAGCCCACAGGCCUUGAAACAUAUAUGGGUACGAACAGCACUCAUCGAGAAAGUUCUGGACAGGGUUGUACAGUACCUGACGGAAAACUGCAGCAAAUUCUACGAGAAGGAAGCAUUACUGGCAGACCCUGUGUUUGGCCCAAUCCUGGCCUCUCUUCUAGUGGGACCCUGUGCCUUGGAAUACACGAAGCUCAAGACAGCUGAUCACUACUGGACUGACCCUUCUGCUGAUGAGCUGGUCCAGAGGCACCGUAUUCGGGGUCCCCCCAAUCGUCAGGACUCCCCUGCAAAGCGCCCAGCCCUGGGGAUCCGUAAGCGGCAUUCCAGUGGCAGUGCAUCAGAGGACAGGCUAGCGGCCUGCGCCCGCGAGUAUGUGGAAUCUCUGCACCAGAACUCCAGGACGCGGCUACUCUAUGGCAAGAACAACGUGCUGGUGCAGCCGAAAGAGGACAUGGAGGCUGUCCCUGGCUACCUCUCCCUGCACCAAUCUGCGGAGAGCCUCACUCUGAAGUGGACCCCCAACCAGCUCAUGAAUGGGACUCUGGGGGACUCCGAGCUAGAGAAGAGUGUUUACUGGGACUAUGCCCUGGUGGUACCCUUCAGUCAGAUUGUCUGCAUCCACUGCCACCAGCAAAAGAGUGGCGGCACGCUUGUGCUGGUGAGCCAGGACGGAAUCCAGAGGCCACCACUGCAUUUCCCACAGGGAGGACACCUGCUGUCCUUUCUGUCCUGUCUGGAGAAUGGGCUGCUGCCUCGAGGACAGCUCGAGCCCCCGCUGUGGACCCAGCAAGGGAAGGGCAAGGUGUUCCCCAAGCUACGGAAACGCAGCAGCAUGCGAUCCGUGGAUGUGGAGGAGCUGGGCAUGGGGCGGGCCACAGACUACGUGUUCCGGAUCAUCUACCCUGGGCACAAGCAUGAGCACAUCACUAUUAACUACCACCACCUAGCGGCCAGCCGCGCGGCCUCGGUGGACGAUGAUGAGGAAGAGGAGGAUAAACUACACGCGAUGCUCUCAAUGAUCUGCUCGCGGAACCUCACAGCUCCCAAUCCGAUGAAAGAUGCUGGUGACAUGAUCGAGAUGCAGGGUUUUGGGCCUGGGCCUGGCCUGGCAGCCUGGCAUCUGGAGCCCCUGUGCAGCCAGGGUUCCUCCUGCCUCUCCUGCUCCUCCCGCGGCUCCCCAUAUGCAAACCCCAGCCACUGCAGCUGCAUCCCUGACCGGUUGCCCCUCAGGCUGCUGUGUGAGAGCAUGAAGAGACAGAUUGUGUCCCGGGCCUUCUAUGGCUGGCUGGCCUACUGCCGCCACUUGUCCACGGUGCGGACCCACCUGUCAGCGUUGGUGCAUCACAACAUUAUCCCACCCGACCGGCCCCCAGGGGCUUCAGGAGGCCUCACCAAGGAUGUGUGGAGCAAGUAUCAGAAGGACAAAAAGAACUACAAGGAGUUGGAGCUGCUGAGGCAGGUUUACUAUGGAGGCAUGGAGCAUGAGAUCCGCAAGGACGUCUGGCCCUUUCUGCUUGGCCACUACAAGUUUGGCAUGAAUAAGAAGGAGAUGGAGCAGGUGGAUGCGGCGGUGGCAGCAAGAUACCAGCAGGUGUUGGCAGAGUGGAAGGCCUGUGAGGUGGAGGUGAGGCAGCGGGAGCGGGAGGCUCACCCAGCCGCGCUCACCAAGUUCUCCUCGGGCAGCAGCAUUGACAGCCACGUCCAGCGCCUCAUCCACCGAGAUUCCACCAUCAGCAAUGAUGUGUUUAUCUCUGUGGAUGAUCUGGAGACCCCAGGGCCCCAGGCCUCUGAAGAUGCCAGACCAAAGCCUGAGCAAGAACCAGGAGUUGGGACUCCAGGCACUGCCAUGGUGGAGCAGCAGCAGUCAGUGGAGUUUGACUCUCCAGACUCAGGGCUGCCAUCCUCCCCAAAUUACUCUGUGGCCUCAGGCAUCCAGUCCAGCCUAGAUGAGGGCCAGAGUGUGGGCUUUGAAGAGGAUGGUGGUGGAGAGGAAGGCUCUGACAGGCUUGCCUCUGCAGCCCACACUUUUUCUGAGCCCCAGGAUCCCAGCCAGGAGAAGGCUCCACAAGCCAGCGAGCUAGAAGCAGGCGGGGAGCUGGCAGCUGUGUGUGCUGCAGCCUACACUAUAGAAUUACUGGACACCGUGGCCUUAAAUCUGCACCGCAUAGACAAGGAUGUACAGAGAUGUGACCGAAACUACUGGUACUUCUCGCCACCCAAUCUUGAGAGGCUCAGAGACAUCAUGUGCAGCUACGUGUGGGAGCACUUGGACAUGGGCUACGUGCAAGGCAUGUGUGACCUGCUGGCACCUCUCUUGGUCAUCCUUGACAAUGAUCAGCUGGCCUACAGCUGCUUUAGCCACCUCAUGAAAAGGAUGAGCCAGAACUUCCCCAAUGGGGGCGCCAUGGAUACCCACUUUGCCAACAUGCGGUCCCUCAUCCAGAUCCUGGACUCAGAGUUGUUUGAGCUGAUGCAUCAGAAUGGAGACUAUACCCACUUCUAUUUCUGUUACCGCUGGUUCCUGCUGGAUUUUAAGAGAGAGCUGCUGUAUGAGGAUGUAUUUGCCGUGUGGGAGGUGAUCUGGGCAGCCAGGCGUAUCUCAUCAGAGCACUUCGUCCUGUUCAUUGCCUUGGCCCUGGUGGAGGCCUACCGAGAGAUUAUCCGAGACAACAACAUGGACUUCACCGAUAUCAUCAAGUUCUUCAACGAGCGGGCUGAGCAUCACGAUGCCCAGGAGAUCCUGCGGAUUGCCCGGGACCUGGUCCACAAGGUGCAGAUGCUCAUAGAGAACAAGUGAGCACUGGCUGGGAGCAGCGGCAUGGAGAGAAAGCCAGGGCACCAGGCCUCUGGGCUCUAGCAGGGAAAAGUUCAAAGGCGUCACAGCCCAGACUGCCCCACCCCCAGACGACUCUGCCUGUCCAGUUGUGUACCUAACAAAGUGAGUGUGAGCCUGGGACCCAACUCCAGGCAGUGUUGGCCCUUUGGGGCACAUCAGGGGCCAGGAUGCCCUCAGAUCAGGGCCGUGAUGGGAGGGGUUGGCCUUAGGGAGCAGCUGCCUUGAGGGAUUCCUACUCUGUUCCCCUCUCAAACAACUGGGAGCAGCCCCACUGCCACUUGCAUCCUCAGCCUAGACUGUUCCUUGAUGCUUCUCUUGAGCCGGCCUGGGUCCUAUAAGGCUAGCAGAGGCUACAGUGGCCUGCGCCCCACCUAAGUGAGAAUGGCAUCAGGCAAGAGGCUCUCUGCUGUAUCUCUCCUGAGAACCCCUUUGCAACCCCAGCGGGGACAGCUACAACAGCUGUUCAUUUGGGCAUGGAUCCUGGGGGCAGGGACCUGGGUCACCCUCCAGCUCCUCGCCUGAGAUUCAGGGGCAGUCAUACAUAGGCCCUGGGUGGGAGCAGCCCACCUCAGCAGCACUGACACUGCCUCUGGCCACCUGAGAUGAUGCCAUGUACUUGCCGCACUGCACAGUACGUGUGUGUUGGUACAGUAUCACUCCCACCACCCUGCCCUUGCUUUAUACAUUAGAUGCAUCCCAGAAACUGUGUUUUUUGCCAGUUGGGUGAUUUGAAAUGUAGUGGGAGUUCUUGCUCCCCUUGGGAACCCAGGGUGAUUCUGUAGGGAGGUAAUCGUGUCACAGCCUUGUCUCGGGGACAGCCCCCUGAGCUUUAGGGCAGCCUGUUGUCUGUCGCAGGCAGCUACUAAGUCCCUGGAGGCAAAACGAGUUGGAGGAUGUCUGCAUCUCCCCAAUUUGUCGCGGUGAGAAGCAAGGCCAGCCUUGCCUUCCAUGUGCCUCUUGGGAUGCUGAGAGGCCUAGGGACCCAGAAUCCUCUGGGAGGAGCCACACUUUCAGCUCCUGACCUGAAGCCUAGGCAUGCUGCUUGCUGUCAUCCCUGUUCCUCUACACCCCAACACAUUCUAGGCUAGGCCCCUGGGGCCUGGAAGCCACACCUGGGCUUGUGACCUGCCCAGCAGUCACCAA